AUGGCCGUUGACAAAGGUGAUGCCCCCGAACAUAUUAAUUUGAAAGUGCUUGGUCAAGAUAAUGCUGUCGUGCAGUUUAAGAUCAAGAAGCACACUCCAUUGAAAAAGCUUAUGAACGCCUAUUGUGAAAGAACCGGCUUGGCAAUGGCUACAGUCCGAUUCCGAUUCGAUGGUCAGGCCAUUAGCGAAGCUGAUACUCCAUCCUCCCUCGAAAUGGAAGAAGGAGAUACAAUUGAAGUCUAUCAACAACAGACUGGUGGUCAAAACAAUUUCUUAGACUACUAUUAA